CCGCAGAGAGCUGUCAGCCGAAGCGCGAGUUGAAGAGGGGGGACCGUCGCGUCUGUGCAGAGCAGAGACGUCCUUAUUCAAUCCCAGAGGAAUAGCAGCCCGUCGCCAGGGGAGCAGGGAUGCCUUACAUGUUCAUCAGCACGCAGAUCCGACUGGAGAACGGUCCAACAAAUGUGGGAGAUGAAUAUUCGGAUCCAGCUGUGAUGAAUUACCUGGGAGCAAGGAAAACAACCAUGCUGGGAAACAAUUUUUCCGAGUACCAUGUGGACGACCCGCCGCGCCUGGUGCUGGACAAGCUGGAGAAGAUCGGCUUCCGCGUGCUGACGAUGACGGGGGUGGGACAGACGCUCGUGUGGUGCCUCCACAAAGAGACGGAGUGAUCGAUCACGGAGUGUAGACUGUAGCAAGACUCCUCUGCAAGCCUUUGAAAGCAUGAAUGAAUCCUGCUGAAGAACUUGUAGAAACUUAAGUUCUCCGCUCUACAUUCAACACACUGACAGCUACAGAAUCCACUUUGAGAUUAUCCCAGACAUAAGGUUUCAGAUUACCUUCAAUAGGUGACAGGUCACCAAUUUCAGGGCAAUACUGAACUACAUUCCAGAGAUUUUAUAAGGCCCGUAUUGUUUGCUAUUUACUACUGGUGACCAAGUGGGAGUGCAGGGAGUGAGGGCUAGUUUUACUGUUAAUAUAUCAGCAAUGGCAGUAAAACUUAAUUAAAGGCAUGUCUGUAAAUUCAGCCUGUGCAAAAGGCCUCACCCAGUUCUUCAUCUCUUCCGUCCAAUAAAUAAAACAUGAUGCUCGAUAGGUUUGUUCCUACAGCACUGUGUAAAGAUGUUUUUCUAAGUGUAUCAUAUGCUCAUGAUUAAAUGAUGUAAUGUGGAUUUAUUGUGUACUUAUUAAUAAAAGACAAAAUGGCAAUA